AUGACAACAGUCGAGUUCGGUGGGGGGCCGACUCUUGAAGCUCGGCGACAAUUUGCUAAUCUCAAAGAUGGCUCGCAAGUACCCAGAUACACAGGACAUAUACAUCAACUACGGUAUCGUAAUGGUCAUACAUACGGUGAAGAAACUUAUAUUCUAUCUAAAGAAUAUCCUCAUUUAAUACGUUCGAGAUCUGAAUUUCCAAUUGUAAAAGUUGACCAUUCGAAUCCGUAUGAAACACGUGAAUUUCCCGAUGGAAUGCUUCCAGGUUACACGGGUUACAUUCCUCAACGCAAAUAUCAACUGGGUAAUCGAUAUCGUGUUGAAACAAAUCUGUGUCUUUCAGGAACAAAAUCUGUGUAUGAGAAAGCGAAAAAUCAAGCGAAAGACUUACGUCAUUCGAUUGCUACUUAUCCUAAACCACAAAGCGUGAACAGUGAAACAGUAGUGAAGCAUUAUCUCGAUUACCACCCAGCUUAUCAUCCACUUAAAAAUGCUCAAAAAAACGAUCGCCGAUUGUUUCUCGAAGCUCCUAUACCUGGUUACAAAGGAUAUAUACCUCGUAUUCGUCCAACUGAUACCAGUGUUGGUCUACGUUAUCACGAAGCUGUGAAGAAAGGUUUAGAUCGGUUUGCUUCUGAAAUUACUCAUUCAACUACGACUUUACCAACGCAACGGGACAUAAGCACGCCAAAUAUAACAUCAAGUUCGGCAAAUUUUGCUCAAGACAACUCCAUUACCGAUUAUUCAACCCGACGGUUGUACUCUCGAACCGGAAUGAUUCCUAAAUACACAGGCUAUUUACCUCAACGCAAAUAUCGUAUUGGGCAAACUUAUGGCGAUACAAGUCGUGGAUUGCCUGUUUGCUCCCAUUCACUUAGCAAUUAUGGGGAUUAUCUACGAUCAAAAACUUCGCUCGACAUGCGUCAAAACAAACCUAAUUGA